AUGUGUGUGAGCAUCUCGGCCAGCAAGCAGAUGUGCUGCGUGUACCCCAAAACGCUGAGGCUCUUAGGCUGGGUGUCGAGCUUUAGAGGGGAGGUGGAGAGGUGGAGCUUAGCGCUCGGGGAUGGCAUCCCUGGGAGGAGAAGCGGGGCCAUUGAGCUCUUGCUUGUGAGCCCCUUCCCGAAAGAGGGGGGUGGGUUUCUUGUGCUGUCACACGCUUCGGGAAGCCACAAAGCUCCUGGCCCCGACAGCUGGGUGACCCUCUGUGCGUGUGCUCGUCCGCAGGUGGCCAUCAAAUCAAUCCGGAAAGACAAAAUCAAGGAUGAGCAGGACCUUGUGCAUAUCCGGAGAGAGAUUGAGAUCAUGUCCUCCCUCAACCACCCCCACAUCAUCGCUGUCCACGAAGUGUUUGAGAACAGCAGCAAGAUCGUCAUCGUGAUGGAGUACGCCAGCAAGGGGGACCUGUACGACUACAUCAGCGAGCGGCAGCGGCUGACGGAGCAGGAGGCGCGUCACUUCUUCCGGCAGGUCGUGUCGGCCAUCUACUACUGCCACAAGAAUGGGAUCGUUCACAGGGACCUGAAGCUGGAGAACAUCCUUCUCGAUGCAAACGGGAACAUCAAGAUCGCAGACUUUGGCCUCUCCAACGUUUACCAGCAGGACAAACUUCUGCAGACUUACUGCGGCAGCCCUCUCUACGCGUCGCCCGAGAUCAUCAACGGGAGGCCGUACAAGGGCCCAGAGGUGGACAGCUGGUCCCUGGGCGUCCUCCUCUACAUCCUGGUCCACGGCACAAUGCCCUUCGAUGGCCACGACUACAAGACUCUGGUCAAGCAGAUCACGAGCGGGGACUACCGGGAGCCCACGAAGCUGUCAGAUGCUUGUGGACUGAUCCGGUGGAUGCUGAUGGUGAACCCGGAGCGCCGUGCCACCAUCGAGGACAUUGCCACGCACUGGUGGGUGAACUGGGGCUACAAGGUGCCCAUUGGGGAGCAAGAGCUGCUGCGGGAGAGCGAAUCCCCCCUGGCCACAGUGGCAGAGUGGCUUCGCCGCUCCUCCCGGCCCCUUCUGGAGAACGGCUCCAAGGUGCGAUGCUUCUUGAAGCAGCACAUCCCCGGCGUGGCCCUGGAGCGGCAGCGCUCCCUCAAGAAGUCCAAGAAGGAGAACGAUGUCUCCCACGCGCUGCAGGAGGUGGCCCUGGCCCCAGAGAACCCUUCCAAGUCCAUCCUCAAACGGCCCAAGGGCAUCUUGAAGAAGAGAAACUCCUGCGAGCAGAAGGUGCCCGGCCCUGGCCCUCCGUUGGCAGUGCCCGUGGGAGAGGCAAAGGGCGAGGAUGGUGAGGUGGCCGCUGCAGGUCUCACCCAGAUCCUGUCCUCGGGGAUGCUGCCUUGCAGCACGGGCAGUGGACCUGUGCCCACGGCCGUGCCCAAGAAGGGAAUCCUGAAAAAGCCCUCGACGAGGGAGUCGGGGUAUUACUCAUCCCUGGAGUGCUGUGAGUCCGGGGAUGUCCUGGACGUGGGGAGCUUGGACCUCGAAGGGACUGUGUUUGCUGACAACCCCUCCCCAGAGCAGGGCCCCCAGGGUCUCCCCACCUGCCGGAAAGGCAUCCUCAAGCACAACGGCAAGUACUCUUCUAGCAGCAUCGAGCCAGAGAGUCCCCCCAGGGAGAGCUUCGGGCGCUUCAGCGAGGUGCCCCUGCCCCAGGCACCCCGCGCCCGCCCAUCCAGCGCCGUGAGCGAGGACAGCAUCCUCUCCACAGAGUCUUUUGACCAACUCGACCUGCCCGCCCGUGUCCCCCACGGUGGCGGGGGCAUGCGGGGCUGUGUCUCUGCUGACAGCCUCCUCCGCCUGGAAGAGGAGGAGGAGAGGGAGGAAGGGCGCAGGUUGCGCCGCUGGACUGUGACCCAUUGCCGGAGCCCUCUGGGAGAGAGCAGCUUGUCCCUGGCGGGCUGUGACAAUGUCACCGAGGUCUACCGGCGUGCCGUGGCCAUCGGCCUGAAGCUGAGCUGAGGGCACCCCUCGGCAGGGCUCCCCGGGGUGGUGUCUGCUGGGGAGGGGGACGACCCCUCCCUGCCCCGGGAGCGUUGGUGCUGCUGAGCCACGUCCCACAUAUUUAUUUUGCAUCCUUGUGCCCCUCGGCGGGGAGUGUGGGUGCAGGCAGGGAGGGAGCCGUGGUGGCUGUGGGGCAGCGGUGGGGGGAUGCCCCAGGGCCGGGACAUUAAAUGGACCAAAGCCCCAAGUGAUCCAGCCCCAUGGAGGGGCUGGGGUGGGGUGUGUGUGUGUAUGUCCUAGAGGCUUCUCCCCUCGCAAACAGGCUCAUCUCAUCUUGGGAGCAAACCAAGGGGUUGGGGGAUUUUUUUUUUGUUUGUUUUUUUCCUUUGCACUGUUUUUUGGCUGCACAAGAUAACGGAUGGGGCAGGUGAUAUACCUCAAACAAGCUGGAGAUGUAGCAGGGUGCUGGUGAGGGGCUGAAAGGUGCUGCCCUGGCUGCUUCCUGCGGGCUGGGCUCUUGGGACAUGCUGGCAACGGGGUCCAAACCCCCCAGGCCCCGGCUCUUCCCUCUCCUGUGCUGAGAAACCCAACUGGAUUUGGCCAAAAACCCCAUCUGAGAACACGUUCUGAUGCCAGCAAUGGUUUUUCUUAAUGUUGAAAAGAAGAAAAAAAAAAAAAGUGCCUUUGGUGAGGCACCGCUUCUUUAUUUAUUGCCUUUGUCUGAUUUUAUGUAAAGCUGAGCGGCGCGGGAUGUGUUUGGCUCCAUAACAUCCACCCAGAGGUUUUUCACGGGAGGGUGGAGGUGUCUGGGCUCUUGUCUCAUGUGCCCCAUUGUUAAAGCUCCGUUGCACUAUUACCGUGUGUUCGCUGGCCCUUUCCCUUCUCCAGCGUGUGUGCGUGUGUUGUGUUUUUUUUUCCCCCCCCUCCUUCCUACAAACGGUCUUGAGAACCCAAUUAAAUUAAAAGCGAAUGGGAGUUGUUACCUUGACUGCUGUGCCACUGCAGCUGGGGUGAUGGGGAGGUGUGAUGGGGUGCUGCUGCCAGGCCCAGCCUGGUGCCUCCUGAGCUCUUUCCCAGCAGAAUGGGGCUGAGCACGGCGCUGGGUCUCGCUCGGGUACAGGUGAGCACGAAUUUAGUGCAGACGUGUGUCCUGGGGGGGUGUAACACCUCCGU